UCCCUCUGCAUCUGGGUUGAAAAAAAAAAAGGAAACAUGGCGGCGAGAAUACUGCGGCUCCCGCUGCGACUUUUCUCCAAGGAUACGGUUAUAAUGGCUCGUAACCCUGGUUUAAAAACAUCCACCAUACCCAGGACAACUCAUUGCAGGCAUGUGGUGUCUACGCCGUCUGGGGCAAUCCUUCCCAAACCGGACAAAACACCUUUUGGUCUUAUCCGCAUGACAGCAAUUGUGAUACCUUUCCUUUAUGUGGGAACUCUGAUCAGCAAGAACUUUGCUGCUCUCUUGGAGGAGCAUGAUAUCUUUGUCCCUGAAGAUGACGAUGAUGAUGAUUGAGCUAAGCUCGCAGCCUAACAAGAGGGUGUUUUGCAAUAUCAACUGAAAGAAUACCAGCCGGCACAAGGAAGAUGGGGGAAGAUGGAGCCGUUUGACUUCCAGAAACAUCCUCUACCUCUACUCAUCUUCUUCCUCCUUCCUCUGAUAUUUAUCCUGUUUCUCAUAAAUUUCAUAUCAUGUGAGGCCAUCAGAACUACUACUGAAGCCUACACUCUUGUUUGCAUGUUUGUGUGUGUGUCAGCUCAAUAAACAGAGUCAAUUACA